CUAAACAGGGCAAGCAACAAUGUACAAGAGUGGUAAUUGUGCUUCUGCACCAUCCGAAGGAAAUCCUAGUUUCAAUGUUCAAUUGAACAACAACAAUUUAGCAGGAUUCAACUGGUCUAUGCCUCAACUACCGAGGGCGGGAACUACAAUGUUCAAGCACUACCGGGCGCUAUGCCUCAACUACCGCAUGGCGGGAACUAUAAUUUUCAAGCACUACCGGGCGCUAUGCCUCAACUACCGCAGGGCGGGAACUAUAAUUUUCAAGCACUGCCACAUGCUAUGCCUCAGGUUGAGAACUACAAUAUGCAAGUAUUGCAGCGGGCGAUGCCUCCACUACAUCAGGCGAAUGCAACUUUUCAGCAGUUGCUUGGUUUGCAGCCACAACAGCCAUAUUCCUAUUAUAACACUCAACCAAGUCAGAGUUCUGGUUCAGUAGGUUUACCAGAUAUGGGAUGGACAACAUAUCAAAAUGGUCAGCUGCCAAGCAAGUUCUUGGGUAGCCAAUCAAGUCAUCAACAAGAUAAUCCUUUUUAAGUGGCUCGAUGUUACAGUUCUUGGGAUGUAGUACUUGAUCUUACCAUUCAUAUUACAGCUCGAUAUGUAAGAAUACUGGUUAUGCACUAGUUUAUUUUCUAUGGUUUAGUUCUAAGUUAAACGUUGUCUUGGAGAUUAAAUUUUCCACAAGGAACUUCCAGCAAUUUGUGUUCCCCGUUGUAGUGAUCCACAACAUUUGAUGUGAUAUAGUAAAUAAAUCCAUAUGCUACAAGGGGAGUAAGGCGUACAUGGUUAAUUAAGUGAUGAACUAUC